AUGGCAGGGGCUAAACGUAAAUUGAAUGUUCUCUCCAUUGAAGAAAAAAUGAAAAUUUUAACAUUCUUGGACGGAAACCCAUUAAUGAAAAAAAACGAAGUUGCAGUGAAGCUCGGUUUACCAGAAAGCACUCUUUCUACAAUUAUUAAGAAUCGAGAAGCUGUGGAGCAAAAAUUUCAUAGCAGCAACAAGAAUGUGAAAAAAAGCCGAAAAUGCACUUUUCCGGACGUGGAUGAAUGUGUUUUAAAAUGGUUUACACAAUGCAGGAGCAGCGGUAUUCUUAUCAGUGGACAAAUAAUGCAACGAAAAGUUGAGGAUUUUGCUAAAGAGCUUGGCCAUGAAGAUAAUUUUAAAGGUAGUAACGAAUGGAUAGAAAGUUUUAAAAAUAGGCACGUGAAAGGCUAUGAGCCAAAAAAUAUUUUCAAUGCUGACGAGACAGGACUGUUUUAUCAAUGUUUGCCAGACAAAACUGCUAUAUUUAAAGAUGAAGCAUGCAGGGGAGGAAAACAAAGUAAAGCUCAUUUGACAUUGCUCUUAGCUGCAAAUGAAGCAGGCACAGAGAAACUUCCUCCUCUCAUGAUCGGACGCUCAGAAAAGCCUAGAUGCUUUUCUAAA